UGUCGUCUGUGCUAGUGGGUGCUCCUGAUGAGUAAAUAUGUUCCUUGAGUGGGUGUUUGUUACAAAAUAUUAAGGAAAUCUUGAAACUUUCUCCUCUUUUGAUUUGAAAUCUCAAAUAGUAUAAUAUAAUACGUAGUUGUGUUUUGUAAAUCAGUGUUUAGUGCCUAUGACAUAUUGUUGUUGGAUAUUGGGGCUGUACUCUAGUGUUCCGUACAGUUCGGCAAGUAGGCGUAUUUCGCGAGGCACAUGAGGCCGGAGGAGGAGCUGAGCGUGGAGGUGGAGGGCGCGGGCGGGCGCGCGCAGCGGCUCGGCGCGGAGGGCGGCGCGCUGGUGCUGAGCGAGGGCGGCGCGCGGCUGCGCUGCUGGCCGCUGCACGCCGUGCGCCUCAAGCCCGAGCCGCAGGGCGGCGCCCUGCUGCUGGAGGCGGGCGGCGAGGUCCUGACCCUGGGCUGCGCGCCGGACGCGCGCGCCGCGCUGCUGGCGCUGGCGGCGCCGGGCGCGCCCAGCGACGCGGCGCUGGCGGCGCUGCUGGAGGACGCCGAGCCCGACGAGGCGGACGCCGAGCGCCGCGUGCGCCGCCUGGCCGAGCGCCUGGCGCGCCUCGACGCGCUCAACGUGGCCGGCAUGCUGGCCGCGGCCACCGAGGGCGGCGGCGCGCGCCUCGCCGAGCGCCUGGACGCGGGCGGCGCGGCCGGCGCGGCGCUGUCGGCGCGCCUGGCGCGGCUCGAGGCGCUGACGCGCGCGGCGCCCGCGGCGCUGCACGCGCGUUCGGGCGCGGCGCGCGCGGACGCGGCGGCGCGGGCGCUGCUGGCCGAGCUGGGCGAGCUGUACGCGUGGCUGGACCACCCGGCGCUGGCCGACCUGGACGCGCUGGGCGAGGUGUCGCUGGGCAGCGCGGAGGGGCGCGCGCGCGCGCUGGCGGCGGCUGAGGCGCUGAGCGGCGCGCUGGAGGCGGGCGAGCGCGCGGGCGAGGCGCGGUUGCGGCUGGGCGCGGUGCGCGAGCGGCUGCGGCGGCUGGCGCGCGCGCGCGACGCGCUGGCGGCGGCGCUGGCGCGGCACCUCAACAACGCGCUGGUGCACCUCGGCAACGAGGCCACGGCCGGCGCGGCGCGGCCGGGCGCGCACCACGCCGAGCUGGCGCCGUACGCGCCGUUCGCGCGCUGGCUGCGGCGCGGCGACGCGCGCGCGCACGCAGCGCUGCUACGCGUGUACUGCGCGGCGUGGGCGCGCGUGCACGAGCGCGCAGUGCGCGCGUGGGCGGAGCGCGCGCGCGCCGAGCUGGCUGCGGGCCCGCCCGAGCGCGCCGCCGAGCCGCUGGACGCCGUGCUGGCGGACGCGGAGGCGCUGCUGGACGCGGAGCAGGACUUCUGCGUGCGCUUCUUCGCGUUGGACGAGGAGCGCGGCGCGGCGCGGCGGCUGGCGGGCGAGCUGUUCCCCGCGCUGGAGGCGGAGCUGGCGGCGCUGGUGGCGGCGGCGGAGCGGCGCGACGCGUACGGCGCCAUGCGCGCGCUGGCGGUGGCGGGGCGGCGCGCGCUGGGCGGCGACGAGGCGGAGGGCGAGCGCUGGGCGCGCGCGGCGCUGGCGGCGGUGGCGGUGGCGGCCAAGCGCGGCGCCGACCGCGCGGUGGCGGAGCGGCUGGCGGCCAUGCCGGACGCGGUGCGGGCGGCGGCGCGCAGGCCCAAGUGCGGCGUGCUGAGCUUCAUCCCGGAGCUGGAGGAGAUGAGCGCCGUGUGCGAGGACAUCUUCGCGCGCGGGCGCCGCGCCGACCUGGACCGCUGGUACCUGUCGCUGGGCACGGGCGCGCUGCGCACGGUGCAGCAGGCCACGCACCCGCGCACGCCGCGCGCCGUGCUGCUGAUGGAGAACUGCCACCGGCUGCACGCGUGCGUGAGCGCGCUGCGCGUGCCGGCGCUGGAGCCGCUGCGGCGCGAGGCGCGCGCGCGCUACGCCGAGGCGCUGCGCCAGUACGUGACGCAGCAGUUCGGGCGCCCGCUCGAGAAGCUGGCCACGUUCUUCGAGGGCGUGGGCGAGGCGGUGGCGGCCGGCGUGCGCGAGGACGAGGUCUGCUUCCGCGCCGCCUACAGCAAGCACGAGCUGCGGCGCGUGCUGGCGCUGUACCCGGCGCCCGAGGUGCGGCGCGCGCUGCACCGCCUGUACCGCACCGUGGACAAGCACCUGAGCGACGAGGGCGGCCUGCUGCAGGUGGUGUGGCGCGCCAUGCAGGAGGAGUUCAUCGCGCAGCACGUGGCGCUGCAGGCGCGCAUCGCCGCCUGCUACCCCGGCGCCGGCCUGGCGCUGCCGCUGUCCACGCAGGACAUCCUGGACGCCUUCUCUGACAUCGCGCGCGAGCACUAGCGCGUCCGCCGCGCAGCGCAUGCUGGACGCCUUCUCCGACACCGCGCGCGUCCACCGCGCAGCGCAUGCUGGACGCCUUCUCCGACACCGCGCGCGAGCACUAGCGCGUCCACCGCGCAGCGCAUGCUGGACGCCUUCUCCGACACCGCGCGCGAGCACUAGCGCGUCCGCCGCGCAGCGCAUGCUGGACGCCUUCUCCGACACCGCGCGCGAGCACUAGCGCGUCCACCGCGCAGCGCAUGCUGGACGCCUUCUCCGACACCGCGCACGUCAACCGCGCAGCGCAUGCUGGACGCCUUCUCCGACACCGCGCGCAAGCCCUAGCGCGUCCACCGCGCAGCGCAUGCUGGACGCCUUCUCCGACACCGCGCGCGUCCACCGCGCAGCGCAUGCUGGACGCCUUCUCCGACACCGCGCGCGAGCCCUAGCGCGUCCACCGCGCAGCGCAUGCUGGACGCCUUCUCCGACACCGCGCGCGAGCCCUAGCGCGUCCACCGCGCAGCGCAUGCUGGACGCCUUCUCCGACACCGCGAGCAAGCCCUAGCGCGUCCACCGCGCAGCGCAUGCUGGACGCCUUCUCCGACACCGCGCGCGUCCGCUGCGCAGCGCAUGCUGGACGCCUUCUCCGACACCGCGCGCGAGACCUAGCGCGUCCACCGCGCAGCGCAUGCUGGACGCCUUCUCCGACACCGCGCGCGAGCACUAGCGCGUCCAGCGCGCAGCGCAUGCUGGACGCCUUCUCCGACAUCGGAUAUUCUACGGAACCCUGCCCUGCGUGUAGCCCGACACACACUUGGCCGGUUUUGUUAUGUUUAUAUUAUAAUGUUGUAUCUUUUAUUGAGAGUAAGUUAAAUAAAAGUAGUUACUCCAAAACUUCGAGCGCUUCAUCUCCUUUAGAUAGAAUGAUUUGGACAUAUAACGCUAUUUCUAAGGAAGUAAAUAUUGAUAUAACGGGAGACAAAUUGCCUUGUUUUAAAAAGAAAUCAGAAAAUUAUUUUUUGGCCCAGUGUAUACGGUAUUUUUAUCUUUUUAUCUAUACUGUGUUUUUAAGUUCAUUUUUAGUUUAAUCUGUUCAUGAUGUAUAUUGAUACCUAUAAACGCAAAUCUAAAUCAGUACCGUUUACCUUAAUUAGUCUAAUUAACCUAUAUAUUAUUCUUGUAAUGUUUCUAUUUGAAUACUUCAUUGAGCAUAUUGAGGUAACCUAUGAGUGGGUCUAUGACACAACAACUUGACCAAUCUAUGUUUUUUAAAACUCAAUUAAAUCAAAUUUUUUAAAACUCAAUCAAAUUUUAAAAAGCAUUAAAUUGAGAACCUCCUCCUUUUUUGAACUUGGUUAAGUUGGUUGAAGCUGUUUAGUAACAAAAACUGUUGUAGGUACCUAUAAUGAUUGUGUAGGAGUCCUCUUAAAUAUACUUAUUUCAUUCUU